UUUGAGAGGUUUCUUAGGAAAUCACAUCCAAAAUCAUUACAUGAUGACGCAUGUCCCACUAAGAAGACAUUACAUCAGUAUAGUGGGAGGGACCGCGCUCCUUCUGGCAUGAAAUUCGCACCAAGCUCCUUGAGAUGUCAGAUUCGCACCAUGCAGUUCAUCUAAAUGGACAGGGUAUUUAGUUCAACCAGUUGUAGUAAUCUUGGUCACGCGGAAGUAGACGAGAUUAAGGGGCAAUUGAGAGGGAGAUUUAUACCAAAUAAGUGGGCCGAGCAUAUUCUAGACUUGGGCCGUUGCCUUAGGCCUUACGGUUGGUCUGGAGAGACACCUAGCAUUAGGUCAUGGUAUUCAGUUAGCUCAGUCUAGGGUUGAGGCUGAUGGAAUGGGUGUUGCUCUCAAUCGAACUGAGGGGCAUCUUUCGAUCUCAACCAAACGGAGGAAUGACUAAGAUCAAUGACCCAGUUACAAGCAGACCAAUCUUGCCAGCCUUGGCUUAGUGCCGAGCAAGGCUGGACUGGACGAUUUCAACUGACCUGACCGAGUUGUAGGUGACCGGCUGAGUACUUUGGAGUUAGGCUAGUCGGUAGGAGUUGUUCGUGAAGUGGGCUAUUGAGCACCAAGUUACGGGAGAGUACAUUCACGUGCCCAAGGGAGGACGAGCAGGGCUUGACGACGUUGCUCGGAGAAACGCAAAGCUUGGACGUAAGGAGUACGGAAGUGUAGAAUAUUUGCUCCCCGUACAAUGGUGAUCUAACAUAGUAUCAAACUAAUCAAAGCUUUAGUUACUGUGGCAGCUCUUAGUGAAAUAGCUGAACAAUUGGGUAAAAAAGACUGGAAUUUGAGUCUGAACCAUUGUGAUGAAUACACACCAAUCUCCCCAGGCAUAUAUAAUAAUAUUGUCAACUGCAACUGCUCUUCUGCUGAUGAAUGUCACAUUAGUGUCAUAAUUCUCACAGGGCAGGGUCUUUCGGGUGUCCUACCACGAUCGAUAGUGAAGUUACCCUACCUUAAAACUAUGUGGGAAGAGCUUCCAAGUUCCAAAUUUAUGUUUGUUCUUCAUAUCUGUUAACUAGUUUUUAUGAUUCCAUCAUGUUCAAAGUGCUAUCUAUUAUUGUGUAUAGUGAUUUAUCUCGCAACUAUCUCAGUGGUCCUCUUCCCCCUGAAUGGGCUUCUACCAAGUUGGAACAUAUCUUCUGUAGGUAUCUUUCUAUGAAUCACAUAUCAGGAACAAUUCCAAAGUUUUUGGGAAGUAUUACCAGUCUCACCAAUUUGUGCUUUGAAGGCAACAUGUUUAAUGGAACUGUUCCAGCAGAGCUCGGGAAUUUGGUCGACUUAUUAUAUCUCAAUCUUAACACUAACAAUCUCACUGGGGAGCUGCCAAAGGAGUUCAGUAAUCUGAUAAAUUUAAGAGAACUUAGGUUGAGCAGUAACAAUUUCAAUGGAAAGUUACCCAGUUUCCAGAGUUGCGAACAACUUAGAAUACUAGAGCUUGAAGCAAGUGGGUUUGAAGGGCCUAUACCUUCUGACGUUUCUCUGUUGCUUAAUUUAACUGAAAUAAGGAUUACAGACUUGAAUGGAGGGGCUUCAGAAUUUCCAAAGCUAGAAAACACGACAGCCUUGGAAAAAUUGAUGUUAAGGAACUGUAACAUAUCCGGAACAAUCCCAGUCUAUCUAGCAAAUUUUUCUUUAAGAUAUAUGGACCUAAGCUUCAACAGGCUGGAAGGAAAUAUCCCUAACUUUGAGGGAGCCUUACAUUUACAAAACAUGUAUCUGACAAGGAAUUUGCUUAAUGGGAGUAUUCCAGCAUGGAUCACAAGCAGAGAUAGUAGAUACGUAAUAGAUCUUUCGUACAACAACUUUAUUAUGCAAGUUGUGCCUUGUAAAGAUACCCUUAACUUGUUCAGAAGCUUCUCCGGUGGAAACUUGGAAAUUAGCGAGUGCCUGAAGGUCUCUCCUUGUCCAAAACAAGAUGGGUAUUCCUUGCAUAUAAAUUGUGGUGGAGGACAAACGAAAGUUGGAAACACUAUGUAUGUAGCAGAUGAAUUGCAGGGAGGUCCAGCGACAUUGCAAGCAGCACAAAAUUGGGGAUUUAGUAGCACUGGACAUUUCUGGGAUGUCAAUGCAAAUGCAAAGUACUAUACGACCCAAAAUGUUUCUGUUCUUACAAUGAAUGAGUCUCAAUUGUACACAAGCGCUCGCCUCUCUCCUCUGUCUCUUACUUAUUAUGGGCGUUGCUUAGCAAAUGGGAACUACACAGUGACCCUUCAUUUUGCUGAGAUAGUUUUCAGAGACGAUGGAUCCUAUCAGAGUCUUGGUAGACGAAUAUUCGAUGUUUAUAUCCAGGAUGAACUAGUUUUGAAGGAUUUUGAUAUUGAAGCUGUUGCACAAGGGGUUGACAAGGCUGUAGUUCGAAAAUUUAACAACACAGUUGUUAAGAAUAAGACUAUAGAGAUUCGCUUUUACUGGGCAGGGAAAGGGACAAGAGCUGUUCCUAUUCGAGGAAUUUACGGUCCUCUCAUAUCAGCUAUUUCUAUAGAAUCCAAUUUCAAGCCUCAUUCUGAUCAGAGAAAGAAGAUAGUCAUUGUAGUUGGAGCUGUAACUUUUUCAUUAUGCCUCGUGUUCACGAUUCUAUUUACCUUUUGGCGGAGAGGCCAUUCAAAAAGCAUUACUUCAAGGGAACAAGAACUAAGAGGAUUAGAUUUGCAAACUGGUUUAUUUACCUUCAGACAAAUUAAAGUUGCCACUAACAACUUUGACGAUAACAACAAAAUUGGGGAAGGCGGUUUUGGAUCUGUGUAUAAGGGUAUAUUACUAGAUGGUACUAUAAUUGCAGUUAAGCAACUUUCUUCCAAAUCAACGCAAGGAAAUCGUGAAUUUGUUAAUGAGAUUGGUAUGAUCUCUGGUUUACAGCAUCCAAAUCUUGUAAGAUUGUACGGAUGUUGCAUUGAAGGGAAUCAACUACUAUUGGUGUAUGAAUACAUGGAAAAUAAUAGCCUUGCCCGCGCUCUAUUUGGUCCAAAGGAAUGGCAAUUGAAUUUGGGUUGGCCUACCAGGCUAAGGAUUUGUAUUGGCAUAGCAAGAGGUUUGGCAUCCCUGCACGAGGAAUCAAGACUGAAAAUUGUUCAUAGGGACAUCAAGGCUACCAAUGUGCUACUUGAUGGGGAUCUUAACCCCAAGAUCUCUGAUUUUGGUCUGGCUAAGCUUACCGAAGAUGACAACACCCACAUUAGCACCAGGGUUGCUGGAACUAUAGGGUACAUGGCCCCAGAAUAUGCAUUAUGGGGUUAUUUAAGCAACAAAGCAGAUGUUUACAGUUUUGGGAUUGUUGCAUUGGAAAUUGCUGCUGGAAAGGACAAUAUGAAAUUUCGUACUAGUGAUAAAUAUGUCUGUCUGCUUGAUUGGGCCCUUGUUUUGCAACAAAAAGGGCGUUUAAUGGAGUUGGUGGAUCCAAAGUUGGGUCCUGAUUUCGACAAGGAAGAGGCAAUAAAAAUGAUCAAGAUAGCAUUAUUAUGCACUAAUCCAUCUCCGGCACAUAGGCCUGCCAUGUCUGCAAUAGUAAGCAUGCUUGAAGGUCAUCUUGACAUUCAGGACUUAGUCAUGGAUCCAAGUAUCUAUGGUGAUGAAUACAGGUUCAGAUCCCUCAAAGACAAGUACGAUGAGCUGCAACUGCAGAGUUCGAAUGAAGCUCAGAGCCUUAUUGAUUCAACGGUCACGACACAAAUUGGAUCUUCCUCUGCAUCUACCAAUGAUCUUUAUCAAAUCAAUCUUGAUUCUGCGUAACGCUGCCAGCAUGAGGAUGUGUCUUGGUGGGUUCAUUAUAUUUUCUGCAAUGCCUUCAUUAGCAUUUUUUUUAAAAAAUUUUUUAGAAGCAGUAGUAUGCAUUGACUAUUGCUUUCAAAUAUAUGAAAAGUGCUUUCAAGAGGCUCAUCAAAUAGUGCUUUAGAUGUGUAUGCAGCCUUCAUGUUUCACCUACUCUCACAUUUGGCCUACAAUAGCUUAAUAUCUUUUUUCCUCUAUUUUUUUGGCAAAUUAUACUUUGUCCUUUAAAUACAAUCAUUUUGUCAAUUUGAUUGUUAAACUUGAAGUUUUAUUUAUUUA